CUGAAUCUCAAGGAGACGAUUUUGCUUCGCCAGGCCGGCCGCCAUCUGGAGUCGCCGCCGUUGAUCGCGACGCCGCCGACGCGAAGAUGUCUUCAGCUUACGUCUACGGCUUCAAGUGCAUCGUCAUCGGCGACACAGGCGUGGGGAAGUCGUGCCUGAUGCUGCAGUUCACCGACAAGAGGUUCCGGCCGGGCCACGACCUCACCAUCGGCGUCGAGUACGGCGCGCGCAUCGUCCCCGUCGACGGCGUGCCCACCAAGAUCCAGGUCUGGGACACGGCAGGGCAGGAAGCGUUCCGAUCUAUAACAAGAUCAUACUACAGAGGAGCCGCCGCGGCGGUCUUGGUUUAUGACAUCACCAGGAGGGAGACCUUUAAUCAUGUCGCAAGCUGGCUAGAAGAUGCCAAGCAGCUUGUUAGUCCCCACCUGACAAUGGUGCUCGUUGGAAGCAAAUGUGACCUGAGCAAUAGGCGCUCCGUCAGCUAUGAGGAGGGUGAACGGUUUGCCAUGGAGCAUGGAAUGAUCUUUUUGGAGGCGUCGGCGAAAACUGCGCAGAAUGUUGAGGAGGCGUUCACUGCUGCUGCAAGAAUAGUGAUCAAGAAAAUUAAAGACGGUGUCAUCGAUUCUUCUGGCACCUCAAGUACCAAAAUUAUCCCGGACAAAGAUGAAUCCAGUGGUGGUGGUGCCAAGCCCUCUAAGAUGGCUCCAAAGAAAUCCAAAACCAAGACGGAAGUUGUCAAGAACCUUGCAAAAGGUUGGAAGAAAUGCAAGAUGACUGAAUCGGACAUCACCGCUUUGGUUGAUGAGCGUCUGCUUCAGUCCCACGCCGUCAUCCAACGGCACCAUGCUGUAGGAGAAGAUCGUCAGUACGAUGGCCACCUAGUGGAUCAUCGGAGCUUUGAAGCUGCUGCUCAACGCGUUGUGGAGAUGGUUGAUCCGCUCGAGGAAGGAACGUUGAGUACCAAGACUCUAGUGGAGAGCUUGGAAGAAGCUCCUCAGAAGAUCCUCAGCUAUGUCUCCGAUAACACGAAGGCAUAUGUGGCUCAUGUCCUGGCUUUAGUAAAGUCGUACUAG